AUGGAGAUUCCAAGCCCGACGCUCUUGAACUCGACCCUCCUUCCAGGUGAUUGCAUGAAGCUGAAGGAGAACGUGGAGGACUUGAAGAGCCGAAUGAUGAGCUUGGCGGACGAGAACCGCCGCCUCAAGGGUCAGCUCGGGCAACGACCCGCGGAGCCGGAGAUGUCGAGGGCCUCUACGCCACCGUUCUCCGAUGCGCAGAGCGCGCUGCUGGCCCAACAGCAGCUGAUCGUGCAGCAGAUGCAGCAGCAGCAGCAGCUGAUGCAGCAGCUCCUCACGAACCAGCUGCAGCAGAAGCGAGGAGACUCAACGCCGCCGGCACCGGAGCAAUCCACCGUCGCUCCGGCGAAGGCCCAGGAGCCGUCGUUCGCGGAAAGGACGCGCGUGAGCAGGUACGUCGUGCCCGCCGCGGCGGCAGGCUACGUGUUUCUGGCCAAGCGGAACGACGAGAUCAGCCUGAAGGAUCUCUCAGCCAAGGAGAAGGAACUCUUCUCCCAGUCCGACACCUUGGAAUGGGACAGUAUCCUCCGGACGAAGGCCGUUCGCGUCAUCACGGGAGCAGAGGCCGAUCGCGUGAGAAAGGAGCAAGGAGAUAGGAUCAUUUCAUCAAGAAUGGUCCGUCGGCGCAAGCCCCUCGACAAGCUUGGGCUGUGGAAGGCAAAGUCACGGUGGUGUCUUCAUGGACACUCGGACCCAGACACCGGGUCUUUGGUCACGUACGCCCCGACGCCCCAGGUGGAAUCGAUCAUGACCUUCCCCCAGGUCGGCGCCAACCUCCGUCACCGUUUCUCGUUCUGUGACGUGAAGAAUGCGUUCUGUCAGUCCGACAGGCUCAAGCGGCCAAAGGGACCUCUAUACGCUCUUCCCUGUGAAGGUCUACCUCUACCUCCUGGUGCUCUGAUCGAGAUCUUGGUCCCGGUCUAUGGCUUAGACGACGCACCAGCAGCCUGGAGAGCAACUAUCACCCGCUUCCUACAUCAGUCUGGUUUCGUGCGGAACUUGAUUGAACCCUGCUGGUACAUGAAGUACAACAAGAAGGGCAGGAACGUCACCCAGGUGCUGGUCGAAGUCGACGACCUGAUCGUCUCGGCCGAUGAGGACGUGAAGGGCGACAUCAAGAAGCAGUUGUGUGAGCGAUUUGUCUUUGGCAAGUGGGAUGAGGACAGCGCGGAAUAUGCCGGCCGGCGAAUCGUGUGUCAUGCAGAUCACAUCUCAGUCGACCAGAGCAAGUAUAUCCAAGAACAAGUUCAUCCAGUUCCUCUCGCAAAAGGACGACGUAAAGACGGCGGCGCCUUGAACACCGAAGAGUUCAACUCUCUCCGCUCAGCCAUCUACCGCAUCAAUUGGGUGGCGAAGGAGACUCGACCAGAGCUGUGCGGUCUAGCCUCUAUCAUGGCAAGUCGUCUUCCUCACGCCACAGUGGCGGACAUUCUCGUGGUGAAUAAGUCGAUCAAUCACCUGAGGAACACCUGCGAUCGCCCUCUUAAGAUCUGGCGGUUUGACCCAGAGCAGAUGUCCUUUCUGGCCAUCUCCGAUGCCGGAGGGAUCAACACCAAGGAUGAGGAGGUCGAUUCUGAGGGUCUUCCGGCAGAUGCGACGCAGGGAGCAUGGAUAGUCCUGGCGGCCGAGAGUUUGCCAGUGGGCACGGAGAGGAUCAAGGCGAGUCCUCUUGCUUGGCGGAGUUCCAAACUGAAGAGGAAGGUGUUCUCCACGUUUGGAGGUGAGACGCAGGCCAUGCUGCAAGGGAUUAACGAGACAGACUGGCUGCAGAUCAUGUACCGGGACGCGAUCAAGCAUGAUGUGCAGCUGAAGGACUGGCGCUAUUCCCUCUCGCCCCACAUGGUGGUCAUGAGGAGUCUCUGUGAGCUGAACGAGCGCCAGAGACAGUGCUCAGUUACAGAUGCCAAGAGCCUUUUCGACUGCAUCUUGAAAGAGCAUCCGCAAGGCCGGCAAGACAGAAAGGCCUCGCUCGAGUUGGCUAUAAUUGUUCGGGAUUUAGAACAGACUAGGUCAAUGGUGCGGUGGGUUCCUCACCAGAAGAUGGUCGUUGAUGCUUUAACGAAGAUGGAUCCCAGCAAAGCCAAUGGAGCGAUGGAAGCCUUCCUGAAAGCCGGGUUCCUUUCACUAGUAGAUGAAAAAGAGGAGCUCAACUAUCGAGCUCAA